AUGCCCAAGACAGAGCGCAUCCGAUCUCAUACUGUCAAAGGCAACAAAGAAGCGCGGUAUCGGGUGCAAACCAAUUGCGCGCAGCGUCGUUGUCUGAGUACGCAUCGCCAGCUGACCGAUGGCGGACCGCAUUUUUUCAAGUUUAUCCCCAGCCAGUGCUUGAGGAUUCAUCAAACAGAGCGCCAGAGCUUGGAGAGCGCAGAUCUGGAUUAUUUCAGCAUCUACAUAGCACCCGCAUCUGGACCAUCCGGGUUGACAACGACUGGUUUUGAAUCGCGUAUCAAGAAUCUGUACGCCAAGAGCAAAUUAAGCGGUACCAAAUGGCUUGUAGGAUCGUCCACUGGAGCAAUGAGGUUUAUGGCCUUAAUCGGAAGCCUCGUUUCUACUGAGAGAAAUUUGACGGAAGAGCUGAUGAAGCACUAUUGCUGGAUGCAGUACAAUGCCGGGGAUACGCCCCAAAUUCUUCGUCCAAUGAUGGACCAGCUCUACCGACUAGUCGCCCCACCGGACCUUAUGUCAGACAUUCUCACCCACCCGCAGUUCCGAUUGGCCAUUAUUGUAUCUAAUAUUCGUGAUUCCUACCAGCAACUCCCGGAUUGGGCUCUGCGGGCUGUACUGGGAUGCUACGCAGUCGGCAACUUGGUCAAUGAACGUGCGCUGACGGGACUGUGCGAAAGGAUUGUAUUUUAUUCUGGAGAUGAAGUGCCCAAAUUUCUGGCAAAUGGUUUUGGAGGUGAAAAUAACACGAGAUUCGUUAAGCUCGUCAAGGAAAAUGUGUAUGAAGUUUUGCAUGGGACUACGUGUAUACCAUUUGUGCAGGAACGAUGUGAAUCCAUUCCGGGUGCUGGAGAGGGCCUAUACCUCGAUGGCGCUCUGACGGACUAUAUGCUCAAUGUGCAGUUUACAGAUCCUUCCCAUCGAGCUCUCCUACUUUCGGAUCAGCCCACGUCAAACGUUUACCCGACGGCGCUGGAUGCCAUGUUUCGGUGGCGAACAGUUCCCAUCUCAUACUUGGAGCACUGUUCAAUUGGUUAA